GGGGAUGGGGAGAAAGUAGCUGAUAGUGUUAGCUGGCAAACUAAACCACGUUUGGCAUUCGGUUUUUAAAAUAAGUGCAGAGCGAGCCAGUGCUUUUAGAGCGCACAGUUACUGUGUAAAGUGAAUAAGUUAGCGGUCGUGUGGUUUCAGAGCUUAAAAGCUGCGACGCUGAUCAGGCGGUGCGUUAGCAGUGAUUUGGAUCAUGUGAUUGAAAGGCAUCGGCGUCUCAACGCAGAUAUGUGAAUAGGUGGUUGCUGCGGCUCUGAUAUCAAAACCUACGUCGUAGGAGGAUGGUCCUGGGCUUGGUGGCUCAUCUCAGACGCCCAAAGGCUAAGCCUGGAGAUAAUGACUCUGCAGCCAAGAUGUGAGGAUGUGGAGACAGCAGAAGGAGUAGCUAUCACUGUCACAGGGGUGGCUCAGGUGAAAGUCAUGACGGAGCAGGACCUGCUGGCAGUGGCUUGUGAGCAGUUUCUGGGUAAAUCAGUAACGGAAAUCAAAGGUGUGCUGCUGCAGACUCUGGAGGGACAUCUGCGCUCCAUUCUAGGUACUCUGACAGUGGAGCAGAUCUAUCAGGACAGGGAUCAGUUUGCUAAACUGGUGAGGGACGUAGCAGCUCCUGACGUCGGCAGGAUGGGCAUCGAGAUUCUGAGCUUUACCAUUAAGGAUGUGUAUGAUAAACUGGACUACCUGAGCUCCCUUGGAAAGACCCAGAUUGCAGCUGUCCAGAGGGAUGCAGACAUCGGUGUGGCCGAGGCAGAGAGGGAUGCUGGGAUACGGGAAGCCGAAUGCAAGAAGGAGAUGAUGGAUGUUAAAUUCAAGGCUGACACCAAGAUGGCUGACUCCAAACGAGAACUGGAGCUGCAGAAAGCUUCAUUCAACCAAGAAGUCAAUGCUAGGAAAGCAGAGGCCCAGCUGGCAUACGAGCUGCAGGCUGCCAAAGAGCAGCAAAAGAUCCGGCUGGAGGAGAUUGAGAUCCAAGUGGUGCAGCGGAAGAAGGAGAUUACAAUUGAGGAGAAGGAGAUUGACCGGACAGACAAGGAGCUCAUUGCCACUGUAAAGAGGCCUGCUGAGGCCGAGGCCUAUAAAAUGCAGCAGCUGGCUGAGGGCGAGAAGCUGAAGAAAGUGCUGAUUGCCCAGGCUGAGGCCGAGAAGAUCAAAAAGGUCGGUGAGGCGGAGGCUAGCUCGAUUGAAGCGGUGGGAAAGGCCGAGGCUGAGAAGAUGAGACUGAAGGCUGAGGCCUACGAGCAGUACGGAGAUGCAGCUAAGACAGCUCUGGUCCUCGAGGCCCUGCCUAAGAUUGCUUCCAAAGUGGCGGCGCCCUUAGCCAGGACGAAUGAAAUUGUCAUUCUGAGUGGCGAGGGCAGCCGCGUGACAGGCGAGUUGAACCGCCUUUUGGCCGAACUUCCUGUGUCGGUCAACGCUCUCACUGGAGUGGAUUUGUCGAAGAUCCCUCUGCUGCAGAAGGUGACCGGCUCAGCUUAAGCCUGAAAACCGAAGACUCCACAUGACUCCAGUCUCUGUUGUAUGCACUCUCAUUGACUGCCUUUAAUACACUUGAAGAUUUUUGUUGUUUUAUACGUAUACUCUGUAUACCAAGUGAAUUUUGGAAACCUCUGGUGCCUUACUUUAUACAGGACCAGAAAAUCUGCAUGCACUGCUGCUCAUUCAAAGAUUUUGAUUUUAGUUUAAAACUUGAAUAUUUUGUGAUGAAUUUUUAUUUGUUGUGUUUGAAUUGUAUUUAUUGGCCGGCUUGUAUAAAACACAAUUGAACAAGAGAGCUGAUAUUAGACUGAAAGAUGAGGCAGAUUAUAUUUGUUAUUUAUUAUAUCAUAACACCUACUCUUUGGUAAUUAUACACUGAGGCCAGUUUGUACAUUCUUUAUGUUUCAGCCCUUUUGUUAAUUUAUAUACCUCUGUUAUGCGACACAUCUGUAUUCCACAGAUAAUUUCAAUCUUUUGUUUCUCCAGUGUGUUUCAUGUUGUCAUUUUUACCAGUGAAACACUGUUUAUGUCUCAGAAGUUGAGACAAAGGUGCUCUCAGUCUCAAAAGAAGCCCUGUUGAUUUUUUUCAAAUCUCCACCUUCAGUCCUUUGCAGACUUUGUCUGCUCCCCUCUGAAUGACGUUUUUCUCUCCGCAUCUGUUGAUAUUAAGCAUGACACAUUUUAACAUAAUUUAUAUGCUGACAGGGAAACGGGUAGCAAAUUCUUGUGUUAAUGUGGUUAGUGUGUAAUGUGUAUGACUUUUUUGAUUUUUAAUAUA